AUGGUUAUGAGGCAGAUUCGAUGGGAUAAAGAUUCGUAUCUUUCAAAGCUCCGUCUAGUAGGCAUUCUACUCUAUCCUACCGAAGAAAUAACGGCAUAAUUCCAGGGAAAAGGAUCGAAAGAAGUUGUGGUUUUCGGGAACAGUCUGGCAAGAGAUCUCCAAUAUGGAGUUAGCACAAUCUUCAACGACGUCAUUGGCAAUUUAUCGGUUAUUGCCGCGGGCCACUGCUCUCCGUACAUGGCCAAAUAUGCGCAAAAAACGCUUUUCUGUGACGAAAAAUGUCUAAAACACUGCUUUGAUUAUGAGCGACAGAUUCUCAACAUCUUGAAGGAAUGGCCAACGCCAAUAGAUAUUAUAAUUGUUCAGCAUUCGUAAGUCAAAAUAAUCAUAUUUAUACGCAGUUGUAUCUCGAAACAGUCUGUAUAUUUUUAUUUUAGAUACGGCGAGUUCAAGAGAUUACCGUACAAUCCCAACGAUGAGCCACAACAAAUUAUUCAGAACUUUUAUUCGCAAUUAGAAAGCAUCGCAAGAGAAGCAGUAAUCCUUCCGUAUGCUGAAGUGUGGGCCCCAUCCGAGUUUACAGUUUACAUGAAACGACUAGCUUUUCUAGAUGGAGUAAUUUCUAGCUCCGACAAGGUAGGUUUGAAAUACUAUCAGUCUGUCGGGAAAAUAACGAGCGCAACGUCGCAUUAAAAAUCGCAUCGUUGUCGAGAAAAUGAACUGUGUCGCGACAGAAUCGAAUUACCUUUCAAUUCGCGCAGCGACCUUGUGCUGAUUAUUUUCCCGACAGACUAUUACGAGUUUCUUAACUCCUCUUAUUUUAGCGUCAGAGAAACGAAACAGAAAUUAUAAACAAGAGAAUAGAGGAUAUCAAAUGCCGGAAAUGUAUUAAAAUCGAUUAUUCAAAAUUAGUUUGCCACAAAAAUGGAAGAUGCAAUUUCUCAAGUCCAAACGGAACGCUGUAUUAUGUUGAUCAUUUGCACACGACAAUGUAUCAUAGUCUCACUUACGCAGAAAGAAUUCGGCAACGAUAUGACGAAUUUUUAAUGAAUAAUGAGUAA